UACUUCUCUAACACUACACUUUCAAUUUAAACUUCUCAAGCCUUAAGAGUUGUAAGCAACACAUUUCAACUCUCCACAAAAUGAGCGUAGUAGAGAUUUACACUCAGCUAGGUUCAGCAAUGGCUGGCCUAAUGUUUGUAUGGGCUAUGUAUGAACGAUACUUCCCUUACCAACUUCAAGCCUACGUUCAGAGAUAUAGUCAGAAGCUGGUGGCUCUUGUAUCCCCUUAUUUCCAAAUCAUCUUCGAUGAAUACACUGGCGAAGAUCUCAGACGCAGCGACGUCUACGCCGCCAUUCAGAGUUACCUUAGCGCUAAUUCCUCCAUGCGAGCCAAGAAACUGAAGGCGGACGUUGUCAAAGAUAGUAAGUCUGUGCUUCUCACCAUGGACGACCAUGAGGAAGUUACUGAUGAUUUCAAUGGGAUUAAGGUCUCGUGGACUUCAAUAAAAAAUAACCCCAAAAAUAAUUCAUAUACUUUCUAUCCUGAAUUGGAUGAGAGAAGAUAUUUCAAGCUUAUAGUCCAUAGACGUUACAGAGAAAUCAUCGUCAAGUCUUAUAUAGAUCAUGUUAUUAAAGAAGGAAAGGCUGUUUCUGUCAAGAAUCGGCAAAGAAAACUCUACACGAAUAAUCCCAGCAAGAAUUGGUAUGGAUGGAGAGCCACCAAGUGGAGCCAUGUGGUGUUUGAGCAUCCGGCGAGUUUUGAUACUUUGGCAAUGGCAACAAAGAAAAAGGAAGAGAUCAAGAAUGAUCUUAUCAAGUUCAGCAAGGGGAAAAACUACUAUGCUAAGAUUGGGAAGGCAUGGAAGCGUGGUUAUCUCCUUUAUGGUCCUCCAGGAACUGGGAAAUCAACUAUGAUAGCUGCCAUGGCUAAUUUAUUGAAUUACGAUGUUUACGAUCUUGAGUUGACUACAGUCAAGGACAACAGUGAGCUUAGGAAGCUAUUGAUCGAGACUACAGGCAAGUCUAUCAUCGUGAUUGAAGAUAUUGAUUGCUCUCUGGACCUUACAGGGCAGAGAAAGCCAAAGAAGGGGAAAGAUGAAGAUGAUGAAGGGAAAGAUCCAAUUUCAAAGAAGAAGAAGGAGGAAGAAGAAGAAAGCAAGAAAAGCAGUGAGGUAACUUUAUCUGGGUUGCUGAAUUUUAUCGAUGGAAUUUGGUCAGCUUGUGGAGGAGAAAGAAUCAUUGUGUUCACUACAAAUUACGUGGAAAAGCUUGAUCCUGCUUUGAUCAGAAGGGGAAGGAUGGAUAAGCAUAUAGAAAUGUCUUACUGUUGCUUUGAAGCAUUUAAGGUUCUAGCUCAGAAUUAUCUGGAUAUCGAAUCCCAUGAACUGUUUGCAAAGAUUCAAAACUUGUUGGAGGAAACGAAGAUGACACCAGCUGAUGUUGCUGAGAAUUUGAUGCCAAAGUCAGAAAAUGAAGACGAGGAGACCUGUCUGAAGAAAUUGAUUGCUGCUCUAGAGGAGGCGAGAAAGAAGGCUGAGGAAGAAGCAAAGUUGAAAGCAGAGCAAGAGAAAGAGAAAGCUACUGAGGAAGAAGAAAAGGAAAAGGAAAGUGGAAAAAUCAAAGAGAACGGCUUCAUCUCAAAUGGAAAUUGCAAGCUCUCUGAAGACAGUGUCUGAAUCAGAAAAAAAAAAAAAAAAGUUGUUGGAUUUUCUUGUGCAAAUUAAAGUAAAUAAUUGUUGGAUUUUAUGUGAAGUUGGUUUGAAAAUAUUACGUGCAUGGUUGUAUAUAUGCUAGGUUGGUUAAUUAUGUGAUUGUUGAAAAUAAUUGCUGUAUUGUAUAUGAAGCUAGUUGGUUAAUAUGAUUGUA